AUGCUUGUCACAAGGCCCCUGGUGGCAAUGGGUAAUACUCCCGUAGAUGCCCGAGAAGAGGGUCUUCACGAAACCAAGUGGAUUCCAAAGUCUCUGAGAAAUGGUUCAGGUCUACAUUGGAGGUUUCCAGAUUUUCAAAGACAAUCACAACCAGGAAAAACAAAUUAUAAUUCUGUUCCUCUCUGCAAGCCAAGCUCAGCUAUGGACAACCAGAAGGAAGGAAGGGUCAGUCCAGAACAGGAAGCUGAGGAAAUGGAGAAUCAGUAUGAUGAGGAACCAGUGUCAAAAUUUCCUACAAGACCUUUUGAAUCUCAAAAUGAUAUUGAACUUCAGCAAAGCCCAGUCAUUCAUGAAAACCAAAAGGCUACAACAGUGAAAUUGUUGCUGAAGACCAAUGGUAACAAGCAUAGUUUUCUCUCACCGGGCAUUGUGCCGUUGGAAAACUGCCGUCCCUCUGAAGAACAUUCCCUGAGGCUACCUGUAUACACAUCACCACUAAAGAUUCCAAGAAUCAUCUUAACUCGACCCUCGACAUCAGAUGAGGAUGCUGAUCAGCUUACACAAGACCAAGAAGACUAUGAACUUGAAGAGGGGGAUAUGACAGAAGAAGACCAUCUAUUUUUGGAUUGUUUAAGCAAUGUGCAAUACAAAUCCUAA